AUGGAAGGGUCUCAGGGCCAAGUUGGACAGCCAAUGGGUGCCCCGCAGCCACAGCACUCGAAUCUCAUUCGGACGGACCAAGUGCAGAAGCUACCACACCUCAGUGACCAGCAGAAGGCCCAGCAUACCCAGCUAGUGCGCAGCCUCUGGGAUCUCCUGAACACCCGCGAUCCACAGACCCAUGAAUAUCAACAGGCGCAUACGAAGCUUUCCCAGCUAUCUCAGAACUUGAUGAAGGGAAUGCGGGCUUUCCAGCAGAACCGACAGCAGGCAAUGCAGCAGCACCAACACCAGCAGGGAGCGGUGCAACAGGGACAGCCAGGACAACAGCAAGGGCAGCAGCCACCGGUACAACAAGCUCCUCAGGGAACGCAGGGACCACAGGGACAACCGGUCCAGCGAACGCAAUCCAACAACCCACAGACGAUCAAUCAGCUCAUUCCACAAAUCCAAGCCCGGGUCAGCGCGCUCAAUUUUUUCCUGCCUCCGAACGUGACCCCCGAGCAGGUGCAGACAUGGAUACCCGAGGCUCGGUUGCGAUAUGGUAUUGCGCUUCAAAAGCAGGAGGUUGGACGAGCUCGGAUGGCUGAUCUUCGUUCAUCAUAUGCUCAGCGACAGGCGCAGGGUAACAUGAGCCAAGAGGAAAUGCAGGAGUUCAAGAAUCGGCAGUUGGCGGCUGAAAAGCUUUUCCGAGAGGGUAGCGAGUUUUUGAAUAAGUUCAAGGAACAGCAGGAAAGCUUUAAGAUUCAAUCACAGCAAAAUCCACAGAAUCAGGCGAUGAAUCAGGCGGCACAGGCAAACACGCCUAUCAAUUUGAACCAAGCCCCAGUCGCUCCUCCCGUCUCUGCUCAAAGUGGACCGAAUUCUCAGGUAGGAGCGGCAGCAAACCCCAUGCAACCAGGGCAACCUCAACCCCCAGCUCCCCAUACUAUCAACUCAGCGGUCAAUGCAGCACGCCAAACUGCCAUGUCCCCUUCUGCCUCUCAACCUGGACAACCACCUUCCGCCCAAUCCGCUGGAAACACCCCAGUCCCCAUCAGUGCACCCCUGCCUCAGGCGCAACGUCAACAGCCACCAUCCCAGCAAGGAACUCCAGGAGGGCAACUCACUUUCAGCCAAACCCCCCAUCCUGACGGUUCCACCCCCCACACCCCCAGGUCCUCAACAGCCGCCCAAACCUACACCAACCCCACCCCUCAACAACAAACAAUGAACCAGCAAGCCCAGGCCAACCAGCAGGCUCACCCCCAGGGAUAUCUUGCCAACCGCCCAGGUGAAGCAUCCACCCGCAACACCAACAUGGCAAUCCCCAAGAACCUGCACGUCUCCACCCCCGAGCCCGUCUCGAUGCCAGGUUCCCGUCCCUCUCUGUCUGGCGGUCCCAGCCACAGUGCCAUGGGCAUGAUGGGCCAACCCGCGAUCCAGAAACAUCCUGGCUACGUCCUUGAAGGUGAAGGCCAGCGUGUGCUAAGCAAGAAGAUGCUUGAUAUCCUCGUGCGCCAGGUCACUGGUGGCGGCGAAGGAGAAAUGUUGACUCCAGAUGCGGAAGAGUUCAUCCUUCAGAUGGCCGACGAUUUCGUCGAUGAAGUCAUCACCCAAGCUUGCCGCCUCGCCAAGCUGCGUCCUUCCUCGACCCUCGAGCUGCGCGAUAUCCAGCUUGUCCUCGAGCGCAACUACAACAUGCGCAUCUCUGGCUUUUCUACCGAUGAUCUCCGCACCGUCAAGAAGCCCCAGCCUACCCAGGGCUGGACUCAGAAGAUGUCUGCCAUCCAAGCUGCGAAGGUCACUCAGGGCAAGAACGAGUAA